AUGGCCGCCGCCGUUCACAAGCUCCUCCACCCUCACAGCCACUCCCAUUCAAAGUCCAAGGACGAUUCCUCCAAAUCCGACCACCUAUCACACGAACGCCAGGAUUCGGGGCUCGAGCGCAUUCGCGCGGACGAGAAGCAUUCACUUGCGCAAUGGCAGAGCAACCAGCAGCCUUUGAACCCAGAUCAGAUAGAGUCGGACAGUAAGAGAGUAGGACAAUCAUCGCAGGUGCUGCGACAGGAGGAUUUCGAGCUGGUGAAGACAUUGGGAACCGGGACAUUUGCGCGAGUGUGGUUAGCCAGGCUCCGCGACGUUAAGAAGCAGGAUGCGAACAAGGUUUUCGCGUUGAAGAUACUCCGCAAAGUCGACGUCAUCCGCCUCAAGCAAGUGGAACAUGUUCGAAAUGAGCGCAAUGUGUUAGCUGCCGUUGCAGGCCAUCCAUUCAUAACCACCCUGGUUGCGAGUUUCCAGGACCACGACUCGCUAUACAUGCUGCUCGACUAUUGCCCCGGCGGCGAAGUGUUCAGUUACCUCCGAAGAGCUCGACGUUUCAACGAACCCACGUCCCAGUUCUAUGCGGCCGAAAUCGUCCUUAUACUGGAAUUCUUGCACGAGCAGGAGGGUGUUGCAUACAGAGACCUGAAACCUGAGAAUAUUCUUAUUGAUGCGGAAGGACAUCUCAAGUUGGUUGAUUUUGGAUUCGCAAAGAAGGUGGAGAAUAGGGAAACAUAUACACUGUGCGGUACUCCUGAGUAUCUGGCGCCUGAGGUGAUUAGGAACACCGGCCAUGGCACUGCGGUUGAUUGGUGGGCAUUCGGCAUCCUAGUCUACGAGUUCCUUGUGGGUCAACCACCCUUCUGGGACCAGAACCCUAUGAAGAUCUACGAACAAAUUGUCGAAGGACGCGUUCGGUUCCCCUCCGCCAUGUCGCCGGACGCCCGCGACCUCAUCUCUGGUCUUUGCACCGUCGAUACCUCGAAACGCCUCGGUAACAUUAAAGGUGGUGCCAGUACGGUCAAGAACCACGCUUGGUUCAGGGAUAUCGAUUGGGAUGCUCUCUACAACCGCAAAGUCAACGGACCCAUUGUGCCCCAUCUCCGUGGCCCUGCCGACACACGGAAUUUCGAUGACUACGAGCCGGAGAAUGCAGACAGGGAGCCAUAUUCGAAGGAAUUGCAAGAGAAGUGGGACGGUUAUUUCCAGGAUUUCUAGGCCUGCCGUGCCGAGACGACUAUACUAUUGCAGCUUGCAAUUGUUAUAUAACAGUGGUUCAGGAAUGAAGGGAAAGCAGGUUAAGGGAACCGAGGGCGCCGGACAGCAUACAACAAACGGCCCAAGCUGCCUACCAAGAGAACCAGUCCACCACGAACUGAGUAUUCAAUUCCCAUCCUGGAAUCAACAAGCGAUGGGAAUUUCACGGCGUUUAUAUGGGGGGGCGGCCGCUGCUGAGGGAAUUUAUUACUACAACCAAUUUUAUGUGACAUGAUACCAUGCUGAUAUGGUCCGAGAUCUUCUUUAUGUAUUCUAGCAUUCUGCCUGAGAAAGGGGGUCUUUCUUUACUUUUGCAUAUGCAACCUUCUACGUAUCUUUUAUCAGACGAAGAAAAGAAAUAUCAAUGACUAUAUAGUAAACUGCAACCAUCGAAUUUGACAUGCAUAGUGCCGGAAGUGAUACA